CCCGUGCUCCCCCAGCCAGCCAGUCUCUCUCACGUCCAUUCCAUCAUCGGAACCAGAACGGCACAGCUCUGCUCAUCCAUGGGUCUCGUCUGCUCGGCUCCCAAGGUGUACAAGCCGGCGGCCGAGGUCGACCUCGGCCCCGACAGCGACGAGCACUACAUCAGUCCCAACGUCAAAGCUCCUCGGGUGGCCGGGCUGCCGGUGAAGAUGUUCGCGUGGGUGCUGGAGACGCCCGUCCUCGGCCCCCUCCUGCUCUACGUCCUCAAGAAAGACAACCUCGUCAACAAGCUCGUCUCCGACGCCGACAUCCCGGAGCCGCCAUUGUUCACUCCGACUCACACCUGGCAAGACAUCCCUGAGCAGAACGUGAGCCUGGCGAAGCCCGGGUGGUCGCCGGCGGCGCGCGCCCAGGAGGCCAUCGACUGCCUCCCCGACCUCGCCGAUCCGUCGUCGCCGGGCUUCAGGCGCUGGAAGAUCCGGGACUUCGCCAAGGCCUACAGUUCAGGAGAGAUCACUCCUGUCAUGGUCGCGAGGAGGUUUCUGGCGGCGGUGGAGGAGUGCUCGGGCCCCGACCUCAACAUGGCCCUGUUCAUCAGCUACGACCCCGAGGACAUCGUCAGGCAGGCCGAGGAGUCCACCCUCAGAUACCAGCAAGGGGCGCCUCUGUCUGCCAUGGAUGGGGUGCUGGUGGCAGUCAAGGACGAGAUCGAUUGCCUGCCCUACCAAACCACUGGAGGCACGAGUUGGCUGGGAAAGAUGAGGCCGUGCGUGGCGGACGCGGCGUGCGUGGCGCAGCUGCGGGCCUGCGGCGCCGUCCUGGCCGGCAAGACCAACAUGCACGAGCUCGGCGCCGGCACCAGCGGCAUCAACCCGCACCACGGCUCCACCAGGAACCCCUACCACACCGCCAGGGUGUCGGGCGGCUCGUCCGGCGGCUCCGCCGCCGCCGUCUGCGCCGGCCUCUGCCCCGUCGCUCUCGGCGCCGACGGAGGCGGAUCCGUACGCAUGCCCGCGGCGCUCUGCGGCGUCGUCGGCUUCAAGCCCACCGCGGGGCGGCUCUCCAACUCCGGGCUUCUCCCGCUGAACUGGACGGUGGGGGUGCCGGGGAUCUUGGCGGCGACGGUCGAGGACGCACUUAUCGCCUACGCGGCCAUGGUUGAUCAGUCCAGACCAGCUCACUCCCAGCCCCAGCUGAAUCUGCCGAUGCUGACAUCCACCCAUUGCAUGCCUAACAUCAGGCUCGCAAGAUACGGAAAGUGGUUCAACGACAGCUCCGACAACAUCCGAGGCUGCUGCGACAAGGCUCUGCAGAUCCUGCGCGCACACUACGGGUGGGAGACCGUGGACGUGACCGUGCCUGAGGUGGAGGAGAUGCGUCUGGCGCACUACGUGACCAUGGGCGCCGAGUGCUCCGCUUCCCUCGCCGCCAAAUACCUCGAGAAGCUGGACAAGUCUGAGAUCGGGUGGGACGUGAGGAUCGCGCUCAGCGCCUACGGCUCCUUCAGCAGCAGGGCUUACCUCAACGCGCAGCGGAUUCGGAACCGUCAGAUGUACUUCCACAACAAGAUCUUCGAGACGGCCGACGCCAUCGUCACGCCCAUGACUGGUGUGACCGCGUACGCGCUGCAGGACGACGCGCUGCGCACCGGAGAACUCGACUACAUAAACGCAGCCGCGAUCUCGAGGUACUCCAUCGCAGGGAACUUCCUCGGUUUGCCGGCCAUCACCGUCACGGUCGGGUACGACAGGGGAGGCCUCCCCGUCGGGCUCCAGUUCAUCGGCCGGCCGUGGGCGGAGGCGACGCUGCUGCAUUUAGCCUACGCCAUGCAGGAAGCGUGCUCUAAGAGCUGCAGGAAACCCAUGGUGUCCUUUGAUCUCCUCAGCAAGAAAGAGUAGAUUCUGUUAGUCAUACGACUUGCGACGACGGAAACGGUGUGCGCCGAGAGAAGACCAUUGAUUUGGAUGCGAAUAGCUAUGAACAUUAAGUUUUGUAUAAGCUUGAGAAACAUUGUAGAAUAUCUGCGUACAACAGCCGUAUGAUACACUAAUGCAGUGGUACUCUUUUAUAAUUUUUUUUAAACACAGUA